GUUUGCAUGGCAAGCCAUCAGUUUUAUUUCAGAUUACAGACCGAACUAGGAUACCGGCAACGUUUUCCGGCGUGUGUCCCAGCAUGUUCCGGCGCAACAAUGCCCAUCCGGUCAUACGGCAGUUCAUCCUGCGCACCGCAGUGCUCAACUAUCUGGGAAAGGAUCUGCGGCAGCAGUAUGAUGAGUUCUGCCAAUUAAAGGCACAUUUCUCCAAGAGCAGUCAGGUGACUGGUGAGGAUCAGGAGGACGAGGUGCAGCAGGUUCUCUCCCAGCUACUUGAGGUGCAACGGUCGAAGAUGGCCGCUUCGCAUCGUCUGCUCAAACGGGAGUACAACGAUCUCUUUACCUACAUGAUGGACAAGAGCGAACUGUGGGAUAGUCCGGAGUACUUCAAGGCGAAGGCGGCCCUGGAAGCGGCCAAUCACAGACUGCGGGCAUGUGGAUCCCUUAAACCCAUGGAUUAAGACCAUGCCCGUGAGGGACAAUUUCCAACGAUAUAAAGUCAUCCAUUCAAACAGAAUAUACAUACAUACAAAGCCAAA